AUGGCUGAGGACAGUGGACUAACCCUGAGCACUAACCUGUUUGUCCUGUCUGGUAGGUGUGAGCAGUGUGAGUAUGAGGCUGAGACCUUCAGAGAUGGACAGGUCUUCACACCUCACUCCGACCCCUGCCUGAGGUGUCACUGUGAGGCUGGCAAUGUAUCCUGUCAUCGAUUGGACCGGAAUUGCCCACCUGUUCGCUGCAGUCAUCCAGCCAAUCAGGCUGGACAUUGCUGCCCAUCAUGUGACAUGUGCGAAUACGAGAGUGCCCUCAUUGGCAAUGGCCAGAUGUUUCACCCCGCUUUUGGUGGACCCUGCAUUCAGUGCACUUGUUCAAAUGGCAACGUACAAUGUGAGGAGGAGAGUUGCCGCCCGCUGACCUGCAAUAACUUUUUCAGACGUCCAGGCCAGUGCUGCCCCUCGUGUAUAG